AUUCAAUUGCUUCACUCUUCCGUUCGUUAUAGCCUUCUAGCCCUCUCCCUCCACUUCUCGCCGUAAUCCCUCGGGAUAGCAUCCACGCUGUCUCCCCUCGUGCCCCUCCUGCGCCGUGUGCGGGCCACCCCAGUAGCCCCACGCCGACUUCUCCCAACUGCCCCUCGUCUGCCUCACUUUUUCCUCCCCACCAUCACUACGCCUUCUCCGAUCACGCCUGCCACCAGGUCCCGCUCCACGAUGGCCAUCAAUUCCGCCCCCCAGACCUCGCUCCUCUCCCUCCUCUACCGCUCCUACCCGGGCGCCGUCUCCCCCGACGCCACCGAGCCCGACCUCCGUCACGCCUCCCACAAGAUCUUCUCCCAGAUCAACUACUCCGAGGAGGAGAAGGCCAGCACUAAGCUGUGGCUCGAGUCCGUCGAUGGCCUCCAGUCUGCGCUCGUCAAGGGCGACGCCACGGUCAUCUCCAACAUUCUGGGCCACCUGAACACCCACCUCGCCUCGCGCACCACCCUCCUGGGCAGCAAGCCGUCCGUCGCCGACAUCGCCCUGUAUGCGCUGCUGGCCCCCGUCGUCGAGAAGUGGUCCCCCGAGGAGCGCACCGGUGAGCACGGCCAUCACCACAUCGUCCGCCACAUCGACCUCGUCCAGAACAGCCGCCUGUUCGGCCUGCGCAUCCCCGACGAGGAGAAGAUCGCCAUCGACCUGAACGACGUGCGCUUCGUCCCCAAGCCCGUCGACCCCAAGGAGGAGAAGGAGCGCAAGAAGAAGGAGAAGGCCGCUGCCGCCGCCGCCACGGGCGUCCAGACCCCCGACUCCGGCAAGCCGCUGGUCGUCGGCAAGGGCCGCCCCGAGUCGAAGGACGCCGCCCCCGAGGGCAAGGCCAAGGAGGGCAAGGCCAACAAGAAGGAGAAGAAGGAGAAGAAGGAAAAGGCCCCCAAGCCCCCGCCGGCCCCCGCCGCCCCGCCCUCCCCGUCGGUCAUCGACCUGCGUGUGGGCCACAUCCUGCGCGCCAUCAACCACCCCAACGCCGACUCGCUGUACGUGUCGACCAUCGACUGCGGCGAUGCCCCCGGCACGGAGAACACGUCGCUGGACGAGGCCACGGGCAAGACGGUGCGCACCGUCUGCUCCGGGUUGAACGGCCUGAUCCCGCUGCCGGAGAUGCAGGACCGCAAGAUCGUGGCCGUCUGCAACCUCAAGCCCGUCACCAUGCGCGGCAUCAAGUCGUGCGCCAUGGUGCUGGCCGCGUCGCCGCGCGUCGCCGAGGGCGAGGACUCCCACGCGGGGCCCGUCGAGCUCGUCAGCCCGCCGGCCGAUGCCCCCGCCGGUGCCCGCGUCUACUUCGACGGCUGGUCGGAGGGCGAGCCCGAGAAGGUGCUCAACCCCAAGAAGAAGGUCUGGGAGACCUUCCAGCCCGGAUUCACCACGACGGACUCCCUCGAGGUGGCCUUUGACAGCAGUGCCGUUCCCGCCGUGCAGGGCCAGGAAGGCAAGCCCGCGCUGGGCAAGCUGACGACGCAGGGCGGGUUGUGCACUGUGAAGAGCCUGAAGAACGGCACGGUGCGGUAGGCACAUCUGUCCCGAUCAGGGGAUGCAGAAAAGGAAGAAUUGUGCAUGGCAACGAUUUAGGUAGCAUUGACGUGUUUAGACGAGAAAUGAUAUCUUGUUCAUUUUAA